UCCGCACGACGAGGGGUCUAUCACAAUUAGCAAAGUUUAGCCAUGGUGUCGAAAUCCGUUUUCGCUCUAGUUCUCGCUGUUCUGGUCUGCGGCCAGUACGCCGUCCAGGGAGUCUAUGUCGUCUCCAAGGCCGAGUGGGGAGGCCGUGCACCAAACUACCGUGUUGCCCUUGGCAACUACCUGAACUAUGCCAUCAUCCAUCACACCGCUGGAAACUACUGCGAGACGCGUGCAUCCUGCGCACAGCAGCUGCGCAACAUCCAGAGCUACCACAUGGACAGUCUGGGCUGGCCCGACAUUGGCUACAACUUCCUGAUCGGCGGCGAUGGCGCUGUCUAUGAGGGUCGCGGCUGGAACUCGAUGGGCGCCCACGCUGCCGAAUGGAACCCUGUGAGCAUUGGCAUCUCCUUCUUGGGCAACUUCAACUGGGACACUUUGGAGCCAAACAUGAUCGCAUCUGCUCAGGGUCUGCUCAACGACGCCGUCAACCGUGGCCAGCUCGCCUCCGGCUACAUCCUGUAUGGCCAUCGUCAGGUGAGCGCUACCGAAUGCCCUGGCACCCACAUCUGGAACGAGAUUCGCGGCUGGUCCCACUGGAGGGCUUAGAGCAAACACACUCUAUGUACUAACUAUUAAUAAAUGAUUAAAAAAAA